AUGGGCGCCACACUGCCUUCGCCGGCGGCCGAAACUCCAUCGUCGACGCUUGCGGUGUUUGACGAGGACGCAGCUGCGUAUCGCGCCUCGCGCCCUCGGUUGCCUGUCCCUGGCCGCCGCAACGUCCUCAUUACGUCUGCAUUACCGUACGUGAACAACGUGCCUCACCUGGGUAACAUCAUCGGCUGUGUGCUGUCAGCGGACUGCUACGCGAGGUACUGCCGCGCGCGCGGCCACAACUGCAUCUACAUGUGCGGUACGGACGAGUACGGCACGGCGACGGAGACCAAGGCCCUUGAGGAGGGCCUCACGUGUCAGCAAAUCUGCGACAAGUACCACGCCAUCCACGCGGAGAUUUACCGCUGGUUCGACAUCGCCUUCGACCGGUUCGGCCGCACGCCUACACGCGCGCAGACAGCCAUUGCUCAGGACAUCUUCAAGUCCCUCCACGCCAACGGUCAGCUGGUUCAGCAGGAGAUGCAGCAGCUGUACAGCGAGGCGGCUGGAAAGUUCCUGGCGGAUCGGUUCGUGUACGGCACCUGCCCCAAGUGCGGCUAUGACGACGCCCGCGGCGACCAGUGCGACGGCUGCGGCAACCUGCUGAACCCCACCGAGCUCAUCAACCCGCGCUGCAAGCUGACUGGCACCACCCCCGUGCUGCGCUCCACCCGCCACGUCUUCCUCGACCUGCCGCAACUCAGCCCCGCGCUGCAGGAGUACAUCACCACGACCAGCACCCAGGGCGGCUGGUCAGCCAACUGUGUGCAGCUGACAAACGCCUGGAUGCGGGACGGUCUCAAGCUGCGCUGCAUCACCCGCGACCUCAAGUGGGGUACCCCGGUGCCGCUGGAGGGAUACGAGGACAAGGUGUUUUACGUGUGGUUCGAUGCGCCCAUCGGCUACAUCUCCAUCACUGCCGGGUACACCCCCGACUGGGAGGCCUGGUGGAAGAGCCCCAAGGAUGUGGAGCUGGUCCAGUUCAUGGGCAAGGACAACGUGCCCUUCCACACCGUCAUCUUUCCCGCCACCCAGCUGGGCACCCAGCAGCCCUGGACCAUGAUGAAGAGCAUCUCAGUGACGGAAUACCUCAACUACGAGGGCGGCAAGUUCUCCAAGAGCAGGGGGACGGGCGUAUUUGGCAACCAGGCCAAGGACACGGGCAUCCCGGUGGAGGUGUGGCGCUACUACCUGCUGGCCAACCGCCCCGAGCAGGCUGACACGGACUUCAAAUGGUCCGAUUUGGCCGCUAAGAACAACUCGGAGCUGCUGGCGAACCUGGGCAACUUCAUCAACAGGUCGCUGAUGUUCGUGGCCAAGUUCUUCGAGGGGGUGAUUCCGGGGGCUACGGAGGCGGGGCUGGCGGAGGCGGAGGAGCUGGGCAAGACUGUUGAGGAGUACAUAUCCGCGCUGGAGCGCAUUAAGCUGAAGGAGGGCCUGAGGCUGGUCAUGUCCAUAUCGGCGGAUGGAAACAAGUUCCUGCAGGACACCAAGCCGUGGGUGGCGGUCAAGGAGGAUAAGGACAAGUGCGCCACGUUGGUGGCAACAAGCAUGGGUCUGGUGCGGCUGCUGGCGGCGGUGAUGGCCCCAUACAUGCCCUCUCUGUCGUCUAAGAUUCUGAGCCAGAUGGCGCUUCCCCUGGAGUCCAGCAUCGCCCUGACGGACGAACUGGUGGCCGGCAGCUACCGGCCCCAGACGCUGGUUCCCGCGGGUCACCCCAUCGGCACUCCGGGGCCCCUCAUCAGCCAGAUCACGGAGGAGCAGGUGGAGGCGCUGAGGGCCAGGUUCGGCGGGAACCAGGCUGCGGAUGAGGCGGCUGCCGCUGCGGCUGCGUCCACCUCCAAGCCCGCGGCGGCAGGGAAAGGCAAGGCCGCGGCCGCCGCCGCCUUGGGCGGAGACAAGAAGGCAGGUGGUGGAGGUGGCGGCGGUGCGGCGGACGACGGUCCCAUUGACGUCAGCCGUCUGGAUGUGCGUGUGGGCCGCAUCCUCAAGGCCUGGCGCCACCCUGAUGCGGACUCGCUGUAUGUAGAGGAGGUGGACGUUGGCGAGGAGAAGCCGCGGCAGGUUGUGAGCGGUCUGGUUCGCUUCAUUCCUUCCGCGGAGGACCUGGCGGGCCGGCGGGUGGUGUUGCUGUGCAACCUGAAGCCGGCGGCCAUGCGAGGGGUGCAGAGCCAGGCCAUGGUACUAGCGGCCACCAGCCAGGACGGAGCCAAGUUGGAGCUGUUGGAGCCCCCAGAGGGCGCCCCCUUGGGCGAGCGAGUCACCUGGCCUGGGUACGGGGCCGAGGGGCGGCAGCCCGACGAGGUGCUCAACCCCCGGAAGAAGAUCUUCGAGACGGUCCAGCCUGACUUCACGACGGAUGCGCAAUGUGUGGCCAUAUAUAAGGGGGCGCCCUUCACCACGAGUGCGGGGCCAGUCAAGGUGGCCACCAUCGUGGGGGCUACCAUCAAGUGAAGAAGCAGCAGAAGCAGAAAUUGGGAUGGGCUGACGGUCGGGCGGGGCAGCGUGAGGGAAAAUCCUGACUGACUGUGCUGUGAUGGGGGGCCCCGGCUGGAACCUGCCCUGCACCUUUCCCCGCCGCGCACUGCAUCACCCGUUGCUGCCUGCCGGACGUGCUGCUGCUGGGGUGUGCUGAGGGUGCGGGCAGCGAUGGUAGCCCCCAACUGAAAGGAGGAGGAGGGAAUGCGACCCGGGCGGUCUCUCUCUCCUGAAGAGAUGUCGACAGAACCCCUUUGCUUGUUCCCAAUCCCGCAUCAUGCUAUAGAGGCUGCGAACCACGUGCGUGUUCUUAUGCCACUUACCUGCCGGCGAACCUGUUUGCGUUGCGACCUGUUUGCGGAUUGCGAGCUGCGUGUCGUUAUGUUCCAUACCCGGCGAACCCCGUCCUCAUAGUCCCUUUUGGAUGAGGAACUGGCGAAGGCGUUUGCGCAAAAGACUGACCGGACAACAUUUUCCUAAACAGCUGCUUUAGUAAAACGGGUUAAUGCUUGCGGUGUUUGUGUUCAUGGUGGUGAUGGGGCUGGGUUGCAUGAUUUGGUGAUCAGUGAGGCUUUGAGGACGCUGACUGAAGCCGAACGUGCUCUAGUAAUCCUAAGAGGCGAACGAGUACUUAGCAACUGCAGCACGUGACCAUGUCAUAAAUGUAAUCGCAAUCGU